AUGGAUCGUUUUAUUAGUAUGUGGAAAGUUCGAGAGCUGGCGGACAAAGUAACAAAUGUGGUAAUGAAUUACACAGAGGUAGAAGGCAAAGUGAGAGAGGCCACAUCAGACGAGGCCUGGGGUCCUACAGGCCAACAGAUGCAGGAGCUGGCUUUGGCCACCUUCACAUACGAACACUUCCCUGAAGUGAUGUCUAUGCUCUGGCGGAGGAUGCUGCAUGACAAUCGGUCACAUUGGAGAAGGACUUAUAAGUGCCUGCUCCUGCUAAGCUAUCUUGUCCGAAAUGGAUCAGAACGAGUUGUCACUUCAGCCAGAGAACACAUAUACGAUCUACGGUCAUUGGAAAACUACACUUAUGUGGAUGAUUUAGGAAAAGAUCAGGGUAUAAAUGUGAGGCAUAAGGUACGAGAAUUAAUAGACUUCAUUCAAGAUGAUGAGAAACUUAGGGAAGAGAGGAAAAAGGCGAAAAAAAAUAAGGACAAGUAUAUUGGCAUGUCAUCGGAGGCGAUGGGGGGACUAGGCGGAAUGGGUGGAAUGGGCUCCGUGAGCGGGCGCAGCGCGAGUGGUUGGGGGGAAUAUAGUGACAGGAACACUACUUGGGAAGAGCCAAAAGAGCGGAACGAUGAAGACGAUUACGAGAGGGAGGAUUCCGACGGCGAAUACGGCAGAAAACCGCAGAGGGAGAACGUGUACAGGGACUCCGAGGUGAUAGAUGAGAGCCCGCCGAAGUCUGACCGCGUGCGAGAGAGGGACAGACACAAGCCGCUUAGCAUCAGCCUGCGGAGCCCCGCGCGGAAUAAGCCGGCCACGCCCGCCAAGAAGAUUGACCUCGGUGCGGCGGCUUCCUACGGCAAAGUUGCUGCGACGACAGUGACGCCACAAGCGGCAACGACGGGAGCGACGAACAACUCUCAGGAACUGCUCGACGAUUUGUUCAAGACGUGUCCGGUGAACAAUAACGCCGAACCGGCGAACGCGCCCGCCGGCAACAUCGCCCACUUCGUCGAAGACGACUUCGAUCCGAGAGCCGAGGAGUUGAAAUCGUCGCAGAAGGAAGAGUUCGGUGAUUUUGCGAACGCGUUCGGCGCACGCAACGAACCCGCGCCCGUCGACGAUUCCUUCGCGGACUUCAGCAGCGCCUUCACGAACGACUCCCGACCGCCUGCCGCUCACGUUGCAGCCCCGGCAUCAAACUUGGACUUGCUCAGCGAUCUCGCUCCACCGCCUAUUGUACCCAUGAGCGGCGGAUUCGAUUUGGACUCGUUGACGGGACAAUUCGCAGCCACCGACAUCUCUCCACAGCCUCACUUGCAGCCCGUGCAAGGCCUCGAAGGCGUCUCCGCGCCGAAAGCGCGGCUGAAGAGAGAAAUGACCGCGUUCAUAGACACGCUUCAGACCUCACAAACGAUCAAAUCGGAGGACGAUGCGAUACGAGUCAGGGCGCGCCUCGACCGACUCGUCGAAAGCCUCCCUGGCCCCAUCACUCCGCAGAAACUUUUAGACUGCGAGGAGAGACUUAUAUCAGGAGAGCGGUUGGAUACGUUUGGUGCACUGCUGGCGACGGUCGGCAAGAUUCUUCUCCCGCAGUGGCCCAUCUUGAAGAAGGAAGUGGUUCACAUUUUUACUAUUGAGGAAGGCUUCAUUCUGAGCCGAGAAUGCCUGUCGAUCCUUUGCGGGUUUCUGAAGGAGGAGCGAGAUUUAAGGGUCCUCGACGCGAUAUCAUACAUCCUUCAGAAGUACGCCAAGAGCGACGCUAUCCUCGCGGCAAUCGUCGACCGCUCCCUGACCUCGGAAGGUCAAAACGAUGACGAGGUUCGUGCGGAGUGGGAGAGUUACGUCCAAUAUUUUAUCACGCUGCCAGAAAGGGUUGCAAAUCGACUAGAAAUUGGCACGCCCAAGGAAUUUUCCCACGAGAACUUCUCUUACAUUGUAGUCUACCAGAUCGUAAGAGCAAUAGACUUCAUGGUCGAGAGUAAUUACUACCGAGGCGCACGAUACGAUCUCGCGUGCAUCUCGCACCUCGUAUCCAAAUUCUUUAUAUACUACAGUAAUACGGAGGCGUUCCUCCACUUUGUCGACAUCUCCAUUCCCUGGCCCGAAUCACAGCGAGACCCUUGCAAGUUCGUUAGGACCAAACUAAUCCAGACGCUCUCGCACCACUUGAAUAGACAGGCGAUCUACAAGUUCUCGGUGCAUCUGUUCAUGCGAUGCCCCAUCUAUUACGAAAAGGACGAGCAACCGAUCGAGGCUGUCCUGGGCGACAACGUAGACACGAACACAGACUGGAGAGAGACCCUAAUCUACAAGAUGCCCUACAACUUCCACCUGGGCGACUACAGAGACACCACACUCCAGGAGAACGUUAUAUACUACAUAACGACGAGCGACAACUGCCGGCGGCUGCUGACCGACCUAAUCCUCGGUCUAGCCAAGGUGUGGGCGGAUGUCCGCUCCAAGAGCGUCGCGGACAUCAACCGGCAUAUGUACACCUCGACUUUACUGCUGCUCGCGACGAAGUACCGCGUGGCACUCUGGAAACGAUGCAGGGACGAUUGGGAUCUAAUGCAACUCAAGACAAUUCUGUUCCGUGGGAUGUCGAAACACUUGGAUGUUCUCGUGCAAGAGUUCCGGUGCAUCGGAAUGGCGACCAUAGAGCUCGUCUUCAAAAUGCUGGCCGAAGUCGAUCAGACGGACAGGCAGGCGGCCAACGAGCUCAACUUCGACUACGAGUCUAUGGGGAACACUUCGGUGGAGAUCCACAGCAUCCUUAAAAGUGUGACUACCAGGUGCCUCGCGGACAAGAGUUGCGUGAAAGUCGCGAACGAACCGAGACACUUCAACCUGUACAAGACGCUGGAUCUAAUCGCCUACAAAGUGGACGAUAUCGAAAGGCCAGUGAAUAACUCGGUGAUCACGUGCGCCGUUACCAGUCCGGAGCAGACUAAAACCAUCGUAAAGACCAUAAUUUCGGUGAAACUGGACGAGCUGAAGAAGCACGGCGUCGACGAGGAAUUGGACUCGGACGACGAUUUACAACCGUACGACAUGAGCAACGACGUCUCCGUAUCGGCGAAAAGAAAGCCACAUUACCUGCGAGAUCUGCUCGAGAUGAUCAGGGAUGCCAAAGACCAAGAGACCUUCGAAAUAGCGUUGCAGAGCGCCGAGGAGCUGGUGCGAGAUCAGAUAAAAAACGAGCACCGGUCUCUCGUCAUCGAGUUGCUCGAUCUGUUCGUGCAUCUCGACACUAAAUUUCACUUGGAAAAUUUUGACAAUUUGCGCUUCUCAGCCGCCGUGGAGAUAGUCUACGCUCACCCCGAGGACUGCGCCGCGCAUCUCUGUAAGGAGAUCCACACGGACAUCGGCCGAUACUCGAUCGCGACUAAGGUGUUUAUGCUCGACGUGCUCUCGGAGGCGGUGAACAGGAUCGCGGACGUCAGGCCGUGCGAGGCGAAGGCCAAGGCCGAGACGAAACAGAAGGGGGACGAUCUGCUGGCGGAGGAGAUCAUCAGGAGGCGGCUCAUCAACAAGACGAGAUACUUUCACUCGAAACGAGUGCAUCCUUUUUCGAAAGCGACGAGAAAUCGGUUCGCAGCGGUCGCCGAUUACUUUUUUUACCCGCUCAUUGGAGGCUUCGGGCGACGACAAUUGGCACUGGGCUAUCGCAACGCCGAACAGGACGUAGACGACGUCCUGCUCCUUAAAUACCUGUCCGUCGUCGGGAACGUCAUUUUGGCCUCGAAAAAUUGUCCGAGAGUAGCGAUGUACUGCAAGGAAGUGAUCCCUUUGAUUCUGUACAUGCGCUUCUCUCCGGAGCCCAGAAUUCAAUCGUGCGUCAUCUCGAUAAUAGCGGCCAUCGUGAUGGCUCUUCCGCCCUCCAUCGUCAAGGACGAGUUCGCCUCCAUGAUGUCAGAGAUAUGCGCUUGGCUCAUGGACUAUUUGAACAACAUCGAGUUGACGAUGAAAGCGAACGGAGCCAAGACGGAGACGGCGAUUUUCGCCGGACAAGUGCUGCAUCUGAUCGAGAAGAGUCUUCAACCGACUCCGAUCGACCUGCUGCAACCGAUCGCGCCGACGACCAAUCGACAGCCGACGAACGACAACGCCAAGCCGUCGACCAAGCUGGGCGCCACUUGGGCGGAUACGACGGGCGCCAUCAACAUCGACGUGGACAACCUGUUGGCUCCGAGGUCACCCAAAGCCGGCCCGGCGCCCUCCAUCAACCAGCUCAAGUCCAGCCCCAACAGCCCGGCGCAUAGGCCCACGAUGGCGCCGAACGUGAUGCCCAUGAGCGCGUCCGCGCCCUGGCCGGCGCCCGCGUCCAACUUGAACAACAACUUCCCGAUCAACAACAACUUUCCGAUCAACAACCCCCUCAGGCCGCAGAACCACAACUUCCUCCAAUGA